CUGAGGAUAGCAUUGCCCCGAAGUCCGAUUCGCUCGAUGAGUGGAGGUUAACGUUGUCCAGAGCUUGAAUCAAGCACGAGGGACAAUUCGAUCUGGGGGAUAUGGGCACCAACUGAAACGGUAAAUUCAGCGUACCAAUGAUGUGAGCUACUCGUCGAUGAUUGCCGAAGGCUGACUGCAACAAUGGUGCACCCCGUGCCCCGUUUGUAUCGUCACCACAACACAGCAAGUACUUAGGGGUUGGACGUGGAAAUGGACCGGGCAGAUAAGAGACCUAAACGCGGAGGCGGCGAUCGGGUGAGAUGAUCUGGCGUGGAGAAAGCUUCCGUCUUGAGCGAUCGGAGUCGGCGAUAUAACUUGACGUCAAUUCCUCUACUCUUUGACUUCCCCUCCGCUCACGCGAUGCCUGCCUACGUCGUCUCGCCCCAUCAAGGGCAUUCUCGCAGCCAUAGCAUGAGCCGUCACAGCCCUCAACCAAUCGUGUACACAACUUCGCAGCGUUCUCACCACUCUGGUCACACCCACUCCGGCCACGGUCACUCAAAUGGAGGAUAUUACGAGUAUCCGACCUCGCAUUCCUCAGGCCAAUACCAGGGCACGCCCCUCCAGCGCUACGCCUCUGUCGGACACACACCCUCCCACUCCAACCCAGCCUACCUCACUAUCCCGUCUAAUCAUCACAGGUCACGAAGCCACAGUGCCAAUCGCGACGGCCAUAGUCAUAGCCAUGGCCACCACGAUGUGCAGUACUACACGGUCCCCACACGCACAAGAAGCAGGUCGCGCACCCGUCAUCACCACAGCGCAUCCGUCCCGCAGACAUACUCGGGGGGCAGCCGUCCCGUUUAUACACAAUACGCGGAUACGGGGCGGCAUCGUGGUGAUCAUCGGAGGCACCACACCAACGCGGGGCACUAUCGCUCGACACUCAGCUGGGGUGAACGUUUGCGCAGGUUCUUCGGCCUCAGUGGGCACCACGAGCCACACCAUCAUCACAGAAGAAACCAUAGCACUCGCAAAGGCUUCUGGUUCUUCGGCCCUGUCGAUCGCCGGGGAUACGUCAAUGGCCACGGGCGCGACGUCGAUCAUCGUGGCAGGCAGAUCAUCGGAUACUAAAGCUGAUACUAUCCUCUCGAGAUCUCAAUCUUAAUUCAGAGCAACUCUUAUCGUCAAGUCACAAAAUAUUUUGCCUUUUGGUAGGAUCUUUUGCAGAUGUAUUGUAGUUUCCCGAAUGUAUACGUAGACGAGGUUCAUUCAUGCUCAUGCCAUGGAUUUAUAUGACGUUUCAUUAACUACCGUAGUAUAUCUAUCUGCUAGUAUCAAAAGUACAUCGCCACACCACUCGAUCAUUGAUGCCUAGGUUAUAGCUUUUGUGGUUUCCAGUGUCUUUUCGCCUUCAUGCGGGAUGCAACUUCAGCUUCGGCAGCUGUCAGAAAAGGCAGGAGAACUUCGUGAGCAGGAACAGGAUUAGUUGAUUCGCCAAGUCCGAGCAGGAGUGAUCGGCCUUGUAAGAACGGCUGCAACAAAAGUGAACGUGUCGGGGUCUGAAUCCCAUUGUUACUGUCGUCUUCGUAGUUGUCCUGUUCGCUUGAUAGUUUGUCGAAAGUGCCAAUCUCUGGGACCUCUUCGCAGUCAUCGUCAGUGAAGUUUUGACUGUCAUCCAUCCCAAAGCCAUCUGUGAGGAUAUUUGUCCAUUGCUCAAGUGGUGCAUCGGCGGUAGGGGAGUGUGCUUCCUGCUCCCAGCGCCUAUCGUCAUCUGGUACUUCCAAGUCAAUGUCCACUUGACUGAAGCUAGG